AUGUUGCUCGCUGGAUUUCAACCAAACCACGUUACACUUGCAAGCAUUCUCGCACUUUGUGCUAAAGUAGGGAACCUGCAACGUGGGAAAGAGUUACACUGCUACAUCCUGAGGCGGCAAAGCUUCAAGGACUGUUUAGUCCUGUGGAACUCCCUUGUUGAUAUGUAUGCGAAAUCCGGGAGAAUCGUAGCUGCCGAGUGGGUGUGUGCUUCGAUGAGCAAGAGAGACAAAGUGACAUACACUUCACUGAUAGGUGGAUAUGGCAUGAUGGGAGAUGGAGAAGUUGCCUUGGAACGGUUCGGAGAUAUGAUUACAUCCGGUAUCAAACCUGAUCAUGUAACCAUGGUUGCAGUUUUAUCAGCUUGCAGCCACUCGAGUUUCGUUUGUAAAGGACAACGCAUGUUUGAGAUUAUGCGAAAUGCGUUUGGUAUACGCCCUCGCCUUGAACACUAUUCUUGUAUGGUUGAUCUCUAUUGCAGAGCAGGUGACCUGGCUAAAGCCAGAUGCAUGAUUUCUGAAACUCCUUACGGGCCGUCUCGUGCCAUGUUCGCUACUCUGAUAAUAGCUUGCUUGGUCAACGGGAACAAGGAGAUUGGUGAGUGGGCUGCAGAUAAGCUACUAGUGGAGAUGAAGCCAGGAAACUUAGGGCACUGUUUGUUGAUUGCAGAUAUGUAUACAGUUGCUGGUUCUUGGAGCAAGCUUGCACAUGUGAAGGCUUUGAUGAGUAGUGCCCAAAAGGCUUAUGAGUUUGCUUUGAUGGAAACGGAUUGUGUGUUGGAUGAAUCGAGUAAGCCAAUGGUUGAUUCUUCUUCUAUCAUUAGUCAGGAGCAAAGUUCAGAUGAAGAACGUCUUGUAGAAAUAGGAUAA